AUGAAUAGUAAAGCACUCACCAUGUCUCUCAAUCAAAUGCCUGUUCCUGGGCCACCAUCUGCAUCCAUACCAGAGGGCAGAAAAAUGAAAGGUAGUUUAUCUCUGGUACCUGUCAGCAGUAGCAGUGCAGAGCUCCCUCAGCUAAGAAACAAAUCAAGUAUGCUGGACUGUUCAGGGCCUCUUCCCACUUCCCUACAGUGCGAUUUCAUCCCAAAAGAGAUCCUCCUAGCUCUGACUUCUGCGGCCAGUAGUGCCUAUAGCCCUGAAUACUUAAGACCCCCCAAGAAAAACAAAAGUGCAAAAUACUUCAAGGGGAGCAUGCGUGUCCCAGAUGGGCUCUGGCAACAUCCCAUUCGCAGGAACAAGUUCAAAUACCUCAUAGACCAUCCCAUCUGUCUGACGGGAGCUGGAAGGGAUGUCUCGUUUCUAUAUGACAUAGCUGGAAAAGAAGAUGGAAGAAAGAUGUCUCCAGCAAGCCCUUUAGCUGAACCACAUCAUUAUGGUUCAUCCAUGACUAGUGCUACAAGUGUAGCAGAUAGCCUGGUCCCUGAAGAAUUUCACAUAGUGAAGAACAAAGGAGUCCUGGGCUUGGAGUAUUACGAUGAUAAAUACACAACUCUACUUGAAGAUAGUGAAAAUAGAUUGCGGCUAUUCCCAUCCAUGAAACCAUCUGGGAGAUUAGAGGUCAUCCAGCUGAUGAAGGUGAUGGACACCAUGCUGGAGAAGGCUGGAGUAGAUGAUGAGCAAAUUGGGAUAACAGGACCUUCACAGUUGCACAAUGUAUUGGAGGUCCUGAAGACAGAGCAGAACAUUUACAACAUAGUGUUCCAUGAGCUGAUUCGACAGGUCAGUGUGGAUUGUGCAGAGAGAGGAGAACUACUUUCUAAACUUAGGCAGAGGUAUGUGAAUCUGCUGGAUCGAAUCCCCCAACAGAUGAGAAACCUUUACAAAGAAAUGAUGGCGCAACGAGUAAUGGACAGGCACAUUACAGAAGAGUUAUACAACUUCAAGGAAUCUGUUGGACAGUUGACCAGUGAGCUAUGCGAGGUCCGAGAACAUGACUUCAGGGUGACGAGAGAAGCAGAACGGGCCCAUGAGGAGCUGGCUGAUGCAGUGCGGGACGCUGAGCUGAAUGCAAAUCUUGUGGAAGAAUAUCGUGAGUUGUAUGAGUUACAAAGAGCGAGGCUUGAGACCCAGCUGCUCCAGUUAACCCAAGAGAAAGAAAUCUGGAGCUCAGCUACAUAUGACCUGGCAAUGAAGGUGAUUGAAAGAAACCAGCUCACGUUGUCUCGCAAGCUCUAUGUCAGUGAAAAGGCAUGGACCAAAGUCAUCAGACACUUCAUAGUGCUUCAGGCAUCACAGGACACAGCAGACCUUUCCGAUUUGCAGGAGAUGACUGAGCAGUUCAGGGAGCUGUUGGACCGCAUUGGAGUUGAAGUGGAACAUGCUGAAAACUCCAGCAAGGAGAAGCUGCGAAUGGUUCAGAAUGGCCUCACCAAGUGGAUGCAGUACUUCCAGGACAAUGUUUUCGGGAAAGCAAGCUUCUCUAAUACGAAGGGAGAGGUAUUGGAGGAAAUCCUACAGGACUUCAAGAACUUGGAAAAUAUGUUGAAUGAGGACCUGGAGCAAUAUGGAGGUGAAGUUCUACUAAUGAAGAAGGAGACCCUCAAGACUGCUGCCAACCUGCAGAAACGCUGGACAGAGCUGGGACAAACAGUGCUUAGUCGUCACAAGGACAUUAAUGGGGUGUUGCCUCCAGAGCUCAGGGCCAUGGAAGAAAUAAAUGAACGUGCAAAUGAGCUCUGCCAGCAGUACAGCGUAAGAAUAAAUGGGGAGAAUGGGGUAACCAGGAUUUUGACAGGUUUAGUGAGCAGUAUGGAAGAUUGGACGUUCAAGAUGCUAACCAACAAGCGAGGAUCUGGCAUGCAUGACUCUGAUUGGCUGAAAUUGUUUCGAGUGAUUCCUGAUUGGCUGACCCAGGUGGCUGCACUGAUGACAAUUAUAGGUUCCGGCCAGUCUCAUGAGGAUCGGAGAAAUAGAAAGCCUCAUGUCUCGGUCGUUUCAGGUGAUGUGUUUAAGAUGAUUCAACAAUGGAUCUUGACCACAACUUCUGGGGCUGAGAAGGACAACAUACAGCUCACACAGGAAAUGAUUGAUCUCCACAAAGCCCUGACCAUGUGGAUAGUGAAUUUGCUGACUUUGAUGGUACCUGACCACUCCUCCAAUAAAGGUCUCCUAGACAAUGAGUCAGAAGCUGCUAAGGAUCAAGAGCUCAAGAGGCUAAGGGGCUAUAAACUAGAGGAAGAAGCUAUGAACCUGGUUCCCAAACUGAGCAGAUUCUCCAGCUACGUAAUGAGCUGCUGCAAAGAGUUGGUAGAUGUUAUAGUUCGGAAGAAACAAGCUGAAUCGGAUUCAGACCACAAUUAUGAGCUGCGGGAGCUGGAGAAAAUCAAGACCGAGUGCCUUGAUUGGAUUAAUACCUGCAAUCUCCUGCUUUCUGAAUUCAAAGGCUCUCCGGUCUCCUUACUGAGUUUAGAAGAGCAGAGGAACCUGUUUGGGCCUCAGGAGACCCAGCCACAGAUGCACUCAACUGUUGUGGAUUCUUUACCUGAAGAAAUUUCUGAGACUUCUUCUGAACUUGGGAAAGACAAAACUGAAGAUGUUGAUGUUGAUAAGAAAUCUGUGAAAGGGGAAGAAGUGUUAGGGGAAAAGCAGGAGCCACCUGCGCCAGACGUCAGCAGUGACGUCCCGACUGUAAGCAGUGAGGUAAUGGAGGACACCAUCAGGUACCUAGGACAUGACUCCAACAUCCAUUUGAAAUCCCUCAAGUCAACAGCGGUGUCGGUCUCUGGGAGAGAGAUGACUGCCAGCAAGUCAACAACCCCAUAUUCUCAAAAGGAGUUUGAGACCUUGGCUUCACUAGAACGUCUGCAAGAGCAGCUCCUAGAAGCUGAGAUCCGUGCUCAGAAUGCAGAGGAGAGAUCAGAAAGUCUGGAUGAGCAUCUGGAAGAAGCUCUGGGGAGAAUCCAGGAUCUAGAGAAACAGCUGGAAAAAGCACUCAAAGCCCAGGAAGUAGCACCAAAACCAGAAGUCCCUUCCCAAGAAGAAUCCAAGCCAACUUCUCAUAAACCAUCUGCCGCUGCCCGGUCCAGGAAAACCAGCAGACCCAAACAUUAA